AUGGUCUCAAAUUUCUCGGCUCCUAACCCAUUUACCGGUGAUUGGGUUACUGCUGCGCAUUCAUCCUACUCCUCCCUCAUCGCUCGAUGGGCGAAGAACGCCGAGCGCCCCGCAGCUGUCGUUUCCUGCCCCAGAACACCAGAAGAUGUAGCGGCCACGAUUACCCAUGCACGCGCUCAUGGUCUUCCGCUUGCAGUGCGCGGGGGUGGACACAGUACGGCGGGUGCCUCGUCCUCCGCAGGCGGGAUCGUGAUAGAUCUGAGCGUGCACUUCAAUCACGUUCGCGUCGACCCCGGCGCAAAGUUAGCCUACGUUGGUGGAGGUGCCGUAUGGAAGGAUGUAGAUGAAGAAGGAAUGAAAUAUGGACUUGCGACUGUUGGAGGCACAGUGAAUCAUACUGGAGUCGGAGGACUUGUGCUCGGGGGUGGCUUCGGACACCUGAGCGGCGAACAUGGCUUUGCUGUCGAUAACCUUUAUGCCGCAACGGUCGUCACUGCAUCUGGCGAGAUCGUACGCGCGAGCGCGCAAGAUAACCCGGAUCUAUUCUGGGGGAUUCGAGGCGGCGGCUGUAACUUCGGGGUUGUGGUCGAGUUUGAGUUGACCAUGCAUACUCAGAGGCGCACCAUAUUCGCCGGUGUGGUGGUGUACCCCGGAGCAAUAGAGACAUUGAAUGGUGUUAUGGAGGUGAUGGAGGGCUGGUGGAAGGGGUCCCCGGUGCAAGAAAGCAUCAUUCAGUUCUUGACGCUCGGGCCGGAUGGGAAUCCCGCAUGCGUGCUUGCGCUCUUCUGGAACGGCUCAGAGGAAGAAGGGCGCGCGCACUUCAAGCCCUUCUUCGAGCUCGGGCCCGUCGUCGAUACUUGCGCUGAGAUACCCUACGAACAGCUCAAUGGUCUACAAAACGCGCAGGUCCCUCAUGGUCAACAUUACUAUAUGAAAGGCCUUUUCGUCACCGCACCUUCUUUCCAAGCCGCUGCAUCCGUCCUUUCAUACAUCACGUCCAACUUGAACACUUGGAAUGCGCUUUCUCUGACACCGACAUUGGCGUUUGAGUAUGUCCCGCUCGGCAAGACCAUGAGCAUAUCACCGGAUACAACGGCUCAUGUGCGCGCACCAGUCGUCAGCACGCUGUGUAUGAUGGCAUGGAAGGACGAUGGAGAUGCCGACGCGAAAUUGGGCAAGGUACGAACGAUAGCCAACGAACUUCUUCAAACCCUCGUGGAAAGCGACGCUGGCGUGAACAAGAGCACGAACACCGGAUACGGCAACUACUUGGCCGAGGAGGUUGUAGCGGAUGAUGUAACGACCGCGGUAACGGGCGAGAAGACGAAAGAAGACAAGAGCCUUUCCCUUUUUGGCGAACAUUACCCUCGCUUGCGUGAGAUCAAGCGCAAGUGGGAUCCCGAGCUUGUGUGGAAUAAAUGGUCGGAUACUCUAAACGGAGACUCUGUCGUACACGGAGACCCUCUGUCCGGCCGCCUUGGCGAAGUUUCGCUGUUUCAAUUGUGA